UUUUUUUUAGUUCAACAUGUUUUCCCUAGUAAAGUUUGACAAUGACGGUGACUUCUAUGUUGUCAAAACAAAAGACGUGAAGCAUCACAAUUCCGACAAUUGUAUUGUAAAGUAUAAAGGCUGUUCGUACUCCGCAAUUUUCAUUAAAGCUGACGAUAAUAAAGAAAAUCUUGAAGAGAAGAAACAAAGUGAGAAUUUAAUGGGGACAAUAAACGCGGAGAAUCAAGAAACACAAAUAGCACCAAGAAUUCCUGCGAGCCGUGGUCGUGCUUAUCAAAAUAUUUCACCGUCGACAAUGUUAUACAUGAAAGAGUAUAUAAAAAAUCUACCUCCACUAGGAUCAAACAGAUCAGAUAAAGAGCCUAUAUCUUCAGUCACUAUACAUGGUGAAAAUAACGCAUCGGAUUCGGAAGAGAAUAAUACGACAGAUUUUUCAUCUUUUGAAACUAUAUCAAGAGGACAAUUUGAUUUAUCAAGAUUAUUUAAAUUCUCCUUGAUCACAUAUGACGAUUCAGAAUUUUGUGUCGUAAAUUCCAAAUCUAUAACACAAAUCCAAGGAGGUACGUGUGUGGUGAAAUGUAAAGGCGGAAAAUAUGCAGCUAAAUUAAUUUCGACUAGCGAUACUUCUUGCGGAAAAACAAAAAAAUGCCGGUGGACAAUCGAUGAGCAAGAAGCUUUGACUGCUGAAUUUGGGGAUAUUUCUUCAAUGGAAAAGUUGCCAUCUCUCAAGGAGUGCAUGAGGGUCGUGUCUGAAAAUGAAGUGCUAUGCUGCAGAACCCCAGCACAAGUAAAAACUUUUAUAGACAACAAAAGGAAAAAAGGCAAAAAAAAUUAAGCAAUCUCUUCAACAAUAAUUUUCCAAAACCCUUUUCGGGUAGUUAUUUUACAAUGCAAUGUUGUUAAAUUAAUAUAUGCACAAUGUGCACUAAAUCUUGUAUUAAUUUCAUAUUGUAGAUACAAAAUAUGUGACCAACAAUUUUUC